AUGCCUGGUUCCAUGAAAGACUACACCUUCACUCCCUUCACGGAAGGGCGAUUGGAUGGUGAUAACAGCAGCGGUAACAGGCGAGUACUCCGCGAUGGUGAUGCCAUGCCUACAAGUCUCAUCAUUGAUAACACCUGCCGUGUGUACAUUACACAGAUUCCCCUUGAACGCAUUGAACGUGAUGGGGCAAAUGCUCUUCGAGCUGAAUUUGAGGCAUUUGGACCUGUGGAGUCAUACAAGAUGUUCACAGAACGGUCUGGCCGCUUUAUUGGUAGUGUUCUGUGUACCUACCGCAAUCCUGCGGAUGCCAGCAUGGCUGUGCAGAAUAUGAAUGAUCGGGUGGUGGAUAGCAGUGUGCUGAAGGUCUCACUCUCUCGUGAUCACGGAGUGGUGCUUCUCCAUCAAGCGAAACCACGCGGCCGCCGCGGCUUUGAUGAUGAUGACGACGACGACGGUGAUGGAAAGUGGCAGCACGAUCAAUACCAAGCCGUUAUUCAAGGAGGCAGCAGUGGUGGCUUCAGUGAUAAUAACUAUAAUAAUAACUAUAAUAAUAAUAAUAGAAGCGAUUCUAUGGGUCGCUUUGGUGCUCGUCGGGGUGGACGUGGAAGAGGACGAUUUGGUGCUGGUGGACGUAGAGAGAAUGUAGAGGAGGCGUUUGAGCGGUAUAUCGCCUCACGUGAUAAGGAGCUCGCAUUCGGAACUGUUAAGCCAGAUAGCAGCAAUGAUAAUAAUAAUACUACUACUACUACUACUACUAAUAAUAAUAAUAAUAAUGAGGGUGUGGAGUUGGAAAGGAAAGAGAUGGAGGAGGUUGAGAGGAGCGGCAAUGAUAAUCAUAAUAAGAACAGCAACAGUGAGAACAUGCCUGAGAAUGGGACAGCACCAGUGCCAAUAGGUGGAAAUGACACCAGUGAAAGUGUACACCAGUAA